GUUACAUAAAAAAAAAAAAAAAAAAAAAAAACAUUUUGAACAAAAAGCUGAGAAAAUUGCAUUUUUAUCGAAGACUAUGCCCAGAUCAAAAAACGAUUUUUAAAACUGAUUAGAUCACAUCCAUCAACACCCCCAAAGCUUGCACAGUCCUAUACCUCUUCCUGGGUCGCCAUUUCAUUCGGUAACGUUAGGCAGUUUUGAUUUAUAUGCUGUUUAAUGGUAGAUGAUUGCAUUAUUUUACAUGUGCAUAAGCACUUUCACUUGUUUCUGCUUCUUCUUCACCUGUGUUUUGAUCAAUAGAUUCUGUACUCUUUCAGAAGAUGUGUAAUAGCAGCCCCUACCAUGUAACAGUGAAAAAUUCUUUCAGUGGUCGGGGAAGUGUUGUGUCAGAGUCCUGCAUGCGGACGGGUGGUGACCCACUUAUAUUUGAUGUAACGGGUGGAAUUAUAUUUACGUGUCAAGUGCGGUGCGGGUGUGGGUCGGACGUGCGGUAGGCACGAUCGGACUGCUGGUCCAAUAGCUAAGACUAUUUCAACUCAAUUCGGUGCAUUUGACAGCUGAUUUCAGCUGCGUUCACGCUCUGUCUGAAGGCCAUUUUGCAGCGUUGAGCAUUGUAGCCAUUGUGCUGCAUCUGAUUAAAAGCUAUAGUGAUUAUAUUAAAGGGAGCGUGCUUUGCUCACUUUAUGUAUUUAAUAUAUUCACAAUUUGAAUAAAAGUUUUAGCCUAUUUUUCGUGCUGCUACAUAGAGGACCAGCGGCCAGGUAAACACUGCUGAGUUACAGAAGAGACAACUGUGUUUAAAUGCAGAGUGAAUCUGCUAAAAUACAGUAUUUACUAGCUUUAAGAUUACAGUUAAAUAGGCCUACUAAAUCAUUCUUUGUUCUAUUAUUUUACUUGUGUUGUUUAAUGCAAUGUUUAAUUAAUUGCAUCGACCCAGAAUGCCUAAUGUUGGUUUAUUGCUUGUGUUUGGCUACAUGAGAAAAUGAUGUGGGUGCAGGUUGGGUCACAGUUUUAAUGUCAAAUGGGUCAGGUAAAAUGAGACUAAAAUGAUUGUUUCUGUCAGAUAUCGGGUCGGGUGUUCUGUCAAUUACUGCAAGCUGUGGGGCGGGGCAGGUUCAGGAAAAUACUCACUUCGGUUCAAUAUGAUAUUAGUAGAUUUAAUUUUUUACGUAUUUUAGAUUAUAGAUUAUUAUUAUUAUUAUUAUUAUUAUUAUUAUACAAUUAAAAUAAAUUUGAAGUAAAUAUACUAUUCAUUUUUUUAAUAAUUUUCACAUGCACAAAACUCAAUUCUGUGUUUAGGAUACGAAAAACAUGCAAAUGAGCAGCCGUGUCAAGGUAAACAUGAUGUGGACUGAUCUUGAACUACAGUGGAAUGAAACAAAUGUUAAAGCCGUCAUGUUACCAGUUGACAAAAUCUGGACUCCUGUGAUAGUUUUGGACAAUGCGAUAGAUGUAAACAUAAAGCCAUACACUAAUGAUGUACUGGUGUUGAAGAAUGGAACUGUGGACUAUGCCAUUAUCUUGUUCAUAGCAGUGAGCUGUGAUGAUAUUAACCUUUUCAGCUAUCCCUUUGUAAAUGAUAAUUGUCGUGUGGCCAUCAAUGGAUGGAACAAAAGAGGUUGUGGGCUUUCUUUCAGUCAAACUACUAACAUAUCUGUGGUUAAAAGCACUCAAGGAGAGUGGAAGACCAUGGAUGUGACAAUAACACAAGAUGAAACAUCUCAAAACCGCAGCUAUCUCUCGGUCUCUUUAUCCGUCAGUCCUUUCAGUGCUGUUGUGACCCUGAUCCUGCCCAGUGUACUAAUAAUGCUGGCUGACCUGGUGACCUUUGCUCUGCCAGUUCAAGGAGGAGAACGCAACAACCUGAAGGUCACCCUGGUUCUGAGCUUCACCAUGUUCCUCCUCAUCCUCAAUGAUCACCUGGCCAGUGGUGGACAAUGUAGCCCUAUCCUCCAUUAUCACUUCUGCUUCUGUCUGGUCAAUCUGGUACUGAGCAUGGUGAUGUCUAUUCUGUUGACACGCCUGACAUUAGAUGACAGAAUCUUGCCUUGUAAAUGCUCAAAGAACCUCAAAAAACCCCCAAAUGCCAGCCUGGGUCAGGAUGAAGCAGAUGCUGGUGUGAUUGCAACAACAAAGUCUAGUGAUCUGCCUUCAGAGGUGGCUUCCCUCCAAAAAAUAGUGAACUUUUUUGAAAAAAUGGACCAAAAAGAGCAAGUGGCAAACAGCAACGAGGAUUUUGUAGAUCGCUUGGACAAAAUCUGUUUAUAUAUUUUUUUGUUCAUUGACAUAAUUUACAUAAUCAUUGUUGUCAUUGUCACAAGAACAGAGUUUUGCAAAGAAAAUAAGAAGGUUUUCUGGGAUAAGGAAGAUUUCCAUUUAUACUAUAACUACUCAGAAUAUUAUGAUUAUAAUUAAAUAAUUAUUAAAGAACAUUUUAUGAUUUGAUUUUUGCACAUUUCUCAUUGGUGAUGAGACAUUUCUGUUUGCAUUUCUGUAUGUGAUGUCUAUGAAACAGAAUUUGAUUUUUUUAUUGUCUUUAAACCUUUAGAUUUUUUAAAAAAACAAAACAAUAUACUGUAGAUUGUACAUAUUCAAUUUACAGGAAUUUCAUUGAUUAAGUGUAUUAUUAACCUAACUAUAUUAACUUUUAUUGUUUUUAUGUUGAACACCUUUAAGUGUACUAUUUCAAUAAUUAUUGGAACUAAAUAGGCCCAGUUUUAAUUGUUUAUAAAAUUAUACUUUACAGUUUACAUUGAGUGCAACAGCAGUAAACUUUCAGUACAAAACUAGUUUACAAAACUAGUUUGAGUUUGUGUGCUACAACUAUAACAAGUGAACUUAGAGGUAUACUGUUAGUUUAAAUUGUAUGAUCCUAGCCCACUUUUUUUUAAAGCAUAAUCUUAGUAAACUACUAGUUAAUGUUUUUUUUUUUUUUUUUUUUUUUUUUUUUUUUAAUACUGCAAGUCAGUGUUGGGGUAACAUUACAAGUAAUGUGAGUUAAGUAAAUCAGAUUACUUUUUUCAAGUAACUAAAGUAAUGCAUUACUUUUAAAUUACAACAAAAUAUAAGUUACUUUUUUAAAUAAGAAUCGCAAGUAACUUUAUUUUCCCAUUUAGUUCAGUUUCCUUGGUUUUCACCUGUUUCUAUGGUUAUUCAUUGUUUGAUUCGUUUUUGCACCUGUUGUUAAUUUGGUUAAUUAGUUUGGUCUGUGUAUUAAUGUGUUUUGUUCUGUUCAUUGUCAGUUCUUGUCACAUCAGGUUCGGUUGUUCUGUUUGUUCAUGAGUUCUGUGUAAAUAAAAACUUAAAAGGCUUGUGUUUAAAUCUUGCAUUCAUCUUUAUUGCAACC